GCUGCGACUAUGGCACUAUUCCACGUAGCACGGUACGCAGGCCCGGAGGCUUCCGGACUGGGGGAUGCAGAGAUAGAGGCGGGUAGCCGGUCACCAGUGCUGCUCGAGCGGCUGCAGAACCGAGCCGGUGAGCGGCAGCAGCAGGAACCGAAGCCUGAACCCGCCGGGGAGGCCUCGGAAGCGGCAGGCAGGCGGCGUCUACGGCCCCCGCGGCGGCGUGGCUGCUCUGUGGCUCAGAGCCCGGAGGCCCCUAGGGCGAAGCGGCAGAAAGCGGACUACAGUGUGCAUGCAAGUGGGCUAUGUGGCCGAGGUGUGGACGGGGCUUGGAGUCUUUUUCCUGGGUGCGCUGCGGAGUUUAUGUCCCCUCUGUUGUUGUGUCGCGCGGGGAGAGGCGAAGAGUCGCCUGGAGAGCUCAACACCGACUUAGAGGACUCAGGUGAGAAGCCCCCAGAGGAGGCCCCGAGACCCCCGGCUCCAGGGCCUGUGCUGGGGAACAUUGCAAGAAGGAAGACACUGAAGGUCCAGCCUUUCCUGCCAGCAUGGCUGGCAAAGCCAAGCUGGGUCAAGAAGAGCGUCACUGAGGAUCUUACUCCUAUCGAAGACAUCCAUGAGGUUCACCCUGACUUGCAGAAGCAGCUGAGGGCUAAUGGCAUCUCUUCCUACUUUCCAGUCCAGGCAGCUGUGAUUCCUGCCCUCUUGGAGAGUGCAGAUAGUGGGUUUCUAGUAGGCAGAGGUGGAUACCAACCUAGUGACCUCUGUGUGUCUGCCCCAACGGGCAGUGGGAAAACACUGGCAUUUGUUGUCCCUGUGGUACAAGCCCUGCUGCAUCGAGUGGUCUGCCACAUCCGUGCACUGGUUGUGCUUCCUACUAAGGAGCUGGCCCAACAGGUGAGCAAAGUAUUCAACAUCUACACGGAUACCACACCUCUGCGGGUUGCUUUGGUGACUGGACAGAAGUCACUGGCCAAGGAGCAGGAGAGCCUUGUCCAGAAGACGGUAGAUGGUUACCGAUGCCUGGCUGAUAUUGUGGUGGCCACACCUGGCCGCCUGGUGGACCACAUUGACCAGACCCCAGGAUUCAGCUUCCAGCAGCUCCGCUUCCUGGUAGGCCACCUUCUGGACACUUGA